UGAAGACUGCAAAUAGAAUUUUUCUUUUUUCAUAGAGUGUGGGUUGUGAAAUACUAAAUAGUAGUUAAUGAGAAGAAUUAUUCAUAUAUAAUAUUCAGUCGACAACCGAAUCUUUGGGCAUGUCUCUAAUAUCCCACGUUCUAGUUUGGCAUCCUAAGAUGAGCAUCAUCAUCUCAAUCUUAUCCUAUUAAUAUAUUCACAAAACACAUCCAAUAUUGAUUAAUUUACCUUUUGCUUUUGCAGCAUGUUGCCUCAUUUUAUUUAUUUAUUUAUUUUUUGGUUUCUUUUCCUUAAAAAAAUAGUUUGGAUAAGGUUGUAUGCUUGCCGGAACAUCCUAUAUAGUAUAUUAGUCAGAAACUUGUCCUACUAAAACAGUCCCCAAAUACAUGGAAUUUGGUCUAACAAACCGCGUGCAGUCCCUCGGUUUCAAAACUAUACGCACUCCUUUAUAACCUUCCAAUUCUCUUCCACCUCUCUCCUAUAACCCAAAAUUCAAUGAGUUCCAAUCAAGAAGAUCAUUUUGAUCGUCUUCCAGAUGCAAUUCUCCUCCUCAUCUUCAAUAAACUCCUUGAAGCUGAGACUUUAAUAAGAUGCCUCUCAGUCUCUAAGCGUUUUGCUUAUCUUAUUCCUCAAGUUGAUGCCAUUUUUCUUCCCCUCCCUCUCCAUGUGCCUAAUCCAAAACCAAGGCAAGUCUUACCCAUAAAAGUUCUCAAGAUCUUUGUACACAAUUUGAUCAUAAAACCCAUUCAAUUCCUUCAUCAAGUCAUUUCUGCUAGGCACGCCUCAAACUACAAGCCUGACCAUUUCUUGUACUGUUCCCCUAAUGAAGUUCUGAAAAACUUCAAUGGAGUAAAAACUCUGCAUUUAAAGCUACCUUAUAUUGACUGUGAGAUGGGAUUCGACAGUGGUGAUUCGUUGCUCAAGUGGAAAGCUGAAUUUGGUGAAGAGCUCAAGAGUUGCAUAAUCCUAGGCGCAACAUCCUUCCAAAAGGGAACUUUUUCAUCAAGUAUCAAUGGAAAAGAACGUGAAGAAGAAGGAGAAGAAGAAUUUCUGCAUCCAUAUUUAGCUGGAGAAGAGCUGAAAUCCCGAAUCAUGUGGACGAUAUCUUGCUUAGUAUCUGCGUCUGUGAGGCAUUACUUGCUGAAACAGAUCGUUGCAGAGUGUCCUGCACUUCAAAGAGUAGUUAUCACAGAUAUAAGAAAGCAAGGGAAGCUUUGCAUGGUGGAAGAACAGAUAGUUGAGCUGAGGAAAACUCUGAAGGGAACAUCACUAGAGUCGUCCUUGGAGAGAACUCCAAUACCAAAAUUGCGCGUGAAGCUGUGGUACAAGCCGGUAAUGGAGUUGCCGGCAUCCGGGUCUGCCAUGAAAGGAGUUACAGUUAUGCUCAUCAAGCCUGCUGGUAGGGUGACAAAGGGAAAAAGUGAUGGGGAUUUGUUGGUGGGUGGUUUGGAUGGAGAGGAUGAAGAGAAGACAGUUUUUGGAGAAGCUGUGAGAGAGAUGGUGAAGAGGAAGCCAAUGUUUGUGAUGGAAAUGAGCUCCUUCUGAGUUUUCAAGUUGCAUAUUUUCUUUGUUUUUGUAUAUAAUGCAGUGCAUAGAAUAAGAAGCUUUUAACUGUUUGCUUUGAUUGUUGGGAUUAGAGUGAAGACCAAUGCAUAUGUAAGUUUUAGGGAACAAAAAAUACUACCAACUACUUGUCCCAAAAAUUUGAGGAAAUGAUUUUCCUUUGCAUUUGUCAGUAGCAUUCAGGGUCAAUUUGAAUAGUGAGAUGAGAUGAGAUGAA